CUCUUUGAUUCCCGCCCAUGCCACUUUUUUUUCUUUGACCAACUUUUUGCUGGGUCCCCUUCUUUGGUGCCAACGUUGCCUGUUCACCGGGUCCCCCCUUUCCCCCAUCCCCGUGUAUGGAGUAUGUAGUGCGUAGGUGUGUGUAAGCUCGUGGUUCCCACAUUCACACCCUAUUGCGUCACAAGAGAUGAAGAUCCGGAUUGCGGUCCAUCGGGUUCAGCCUCGCUGUCCCUGUGUCCCUGUGCAGAAAUUCCUGUUUGAUGGCAUUGAGGGGGGAGGGGUGUGAGGUAAUGAUGUUCCCAGGUUUUUGAUUCUCAUGGCAUCCGAUUUAACUUAUACCAACCUGUGUACCUAGCUUUCCCCCAACCCUUCUAGACGAUCUCUUGAUCUUUUUUCUUUCCAAUUUUGAAAAGAUUCCCAUAUUCAUUGAACAAACUCACUCUGAUCUCUUUUCACUUUUUUGGAAGGGGGAGAUAUCUACGCACAUUGAGCUAAACGCCAUACUACACCGCGACCACUAAACUCGACUCAUACCCCCAUCUGAAUAGCUUCACUCGAGAAAUCUCACUGGAAGGGCAAUUGAGAGGUUCUCACUUCCAUAUUCCAAUAAACCACCCCCGUCAGAUUAAUGGACUCGGACACAAUGGCCAGAAACAAGAACAAGAAGGGCCAAGGCCAAGGCGCCGCCGGCAACCAGAACCAGCCGGGCAACAGUAGCAAGCCUGAGGAGACCAAGCCCGAGGAGCAGCAGCAAUCUUCCCUAGACCAAAAGACGGAAGAGCAGAAGCCCGAGGGCACCACACCGGUCGGGGAAUUCGGUAACCCCGCAGAAGGCGAGGGUGCCCCCACCACCGAUGAGAAGAAGGCCGAAGACAGCAAGCCAGAAGACGCAGCUGCCAAGACGGACGACAAGACACAACAAGAAGAUGAGAAGAAGCCCGGCGACGACGUGAAGCCCGAAGACGCUGCCGCCGGCGCCGACACGCAGUCAAAAGACAAGAAGCCCGAGACGGAAGAGCAGAAGCCCGUCGGCCAAGAGACCACGGACAAGAAGCAAGCCUCAGCGAACCAGGCCGGCGUCGAAGACGAGGCGGAGCCAGAGUCCGUCGUCGACAACGACAAGAAGCCCGCCGCAGGAGGCAAGGAGCAGGAGCAAGCAGAGCCCGCAAAGGUACGCUCCCGCGACUCUGGCCGCACAGAACGAGAAGCUGACCUCGAGGAGCCCACUGAACUCCAAGACGGCGAGGAAGAGUACGCCGAGGGCGAAGAGGGCGCCGAGGGCGAGUACUACGACGACGACGAGGAGUUUGAAGAAGGCGAGGACGGCGAGGUCUACGACGACGACGAGUACUACUCUGGCGACUCGCAAGACGAGGGCGAGUACGAUGACGACGAGGACUACGACUCCCAAGAGGAGGAAGAGGAGGAUGACGGCGGCAACUACACGACCGCGCAAAAGGGCGGCAACCAGAACCAGCAGAUGAUGCAGCGCCAGCGCCAGCAGCAGAUGCAGCAGCAGCAACAACAGCAGAUGAUGAUGCAGCAACAGCAGCAGCAGCAGAUGCAGGGCGGCGGCGGCGGCGCGGGCAAGAACCCGCUCAAGCUGAGGCUUGACCUGAACUUGGAUAUUGAGAUUACGCUCAAGGCCAAGAUCCACGGUGACUUGACGCUGGCAUUGCUAUCAAUGUAAAAAUCACGUCGACAACCACCACAGACCCGAAAUCAACAAGGGCCGCUCAACGCUCUGGGCAUUCUCUUUACGUCAUCUUUGCGUUCGGAAAAGAUUCGAAUUCCUUGUCCACAAGGCUAACUGCAUAGCGACAUGAUGUAGAGAUGGGUAAUCGCGUCCACCACGACAAGCACUCCCCCUGCUCUGCGACAGCAGAAGCGGGAGUGUCCAGCAUCGAAAUCAGUCAUUACGAUCGAAAUGUUUCAACAUACCACAAAUUUUAACGGCAUAAAGGCGAAAAGCUUUCUGCAGAGAGGAAGAGGCGUAAGCGGGUACAGGGAUUUUUUGUUAACGAGUUUUCUUUGUUCAUCUUUACAGAACGCGAGACCGCUUCGUGCGUGUUUGCUUGCUCGUCUCCGUUCAGAAGACGGUGUUGUUUUCGGAUGGGGUGGUUUGUCGGUGUGCCAAUACGUCCCCCAGCGAAUCGAGCUUGUCAGACUUAGCGGCGGAUACGAUCUGGUCCCCAAUGUAAUUUUAGCCGCCGAAAUGAGAUUUUUAUGAACCCACUCUUUGACAGGUGUUCGUAGUCUCCUGCUCAAGCUCCACGUUCGAC